AUGGAGAAGAUUCUAGACCUGAGCCAAUCAGAGCUACAGGAACUUCUGGAUCACCCUGAAAAGGUGGAGUCCAUGGCCCAAGAGUCUGACGAGAUCCAGAACAUCCAGUUGGAGAGAGAGAUGUCUUUGGCAUCCAAUCGCAGCCUUGCGGAGGAAAACCUGAACAUGAGGCCACACUUGGAGUCACAAAGAGAGGUUCUUGUGGGGAAAUAUACACAGCUCAAGGCCGUCAGAGAAACCUACAAGGAGCACCAAUCCAUAAUAGAGAGGAUCGUUGGCCAGGUGUCCCCAGAAGCAUUAUUCUCCAGACUACAGACGGAGGGCGAAAAAGCAGAAGCUGAGUCAGAGGUCCUAGCUGAUGUAUUUCUGGAGGGCUCUCUGCCAUUGGACUCAUUCCUUGAACGCUUCCUUGUACUACGUUCAGUUGCUCACAAAAGACGUGUGCUGAUAGAAAAAUUCCAGGAGGCUAUGCAACACAAAACAGAGGCUAUAACGCCAUCAGCACAUAUCGGCUCUCCUGAUGGAGCUCCUAAUAAUUUAUGGAAUCCACAGACCGAAACGGCAACAGCGAAACAUUUGCAUCAAGGAAACACCAAAUGCCUGAACUCCAGCUACGUUACUGCCUCCCAACCACUUUCUUCACCUGCAGGUGGUCCCUGUGUUCUCCCCUACCCUCCAUGUCAAUUUGUUUCUUCCAACGUUUCCCCAGCAGUAUCGUCAGGCUCUGGCCCUGCCGUUCUCUCACAGGUUCCGUCAUACGCUGGCUCACCUUUUGCCCCGGAAGGGAGAUGCGUUGGCUUCGGGUCAGCAUUCAGACCUCCCGUUUCUCAUCCAACUCAGUCGUCUUUCCCUGCUCCAAACCCAGGAUCAGCUUUUGGCCAAUACACAGCAAGCCACUCACAGAGCAAUACUGCAUCUUCAUAUAAUGAUGGAGGUUACAAUCACCCAACCAGGUCUGCUUUCUCCAACUCUCAACCACCAACUGGAAGACUGUUUUGCAGACCUGGAUAUGGAGUUCCCUAA